AAGUAAUGAUUGCAGUAAGCUUAUGGCAGAUUCAUAGAGACCCAAAUCUUUGGAAUGAUGUUGAUAAGUUUAUGCCUGAAAGAUUUAUGAAUCCUGAAAAAGAGAUAAGAAAUAAUUGGGUUCCAUUUUCUAGUGGACCCAGAAAUUGUAUUGGUCAAAAUUUUUCGAUGAUGGAACAAAAAAUUAUUAUAGCAAUGACAU